GCGUUUUUAUUGUUUGUUCUCCUGUCAGCGCAUGCUGUGAAGAUGAUGAUGAAGGGGGGAGGAGGACCUGCGUGUCCAUGCAGCCUCCGGAGCGCAGGGCGGGGCAACGCCGCGCAGCAGCAGCUUCAUCACUGCUGACCGACACAGACCUCCUGCUCGUCUCCAGGCCGCGGCAUGGAUCCGGUAGCCCGGCCCAUCCCCUGCCAAUCACAGCCGGUCCGGUUCGGAUGAGGAGAAUGAUGAAGCUCAUGAAGACAGCGGCGGAGCGGAAAUAAGUCGCAGACUGAAGCGGUGCGCACGUAACGUCGCGCUCCAAUGCAGCAUAGAUCGCCAUUGUUUGGAUGCGCAGCAGACUGAGAGGGAAGAGGCCGCAGAGAACACCCCCACACCCCGACACGCGCACCAUGCUGCCCCUGCUGCUACUCACGGUGCAAUUGCUCUGCUUCAUUCGGAGUCUGUCGGCGUUCCAGGUGUCUGUAAACGAGGAUGGUUUGAUCGUGGCGACCCUGGAGCGUUCGGACCUGCAGGAGAACAUCACAGCGUAUGCGGUGCAGAUCUCCGGAGAACCCCGCCCAGUCCUGGUCCAGUUUGCCAACACCAGCGACCAGCUGCUGUUCAACGCUUCGUUCCAUGGCCUCUGCUACACUGUGGGCCUGCUGGUCAGACUGGGCCAGAGCUGGUCCAGACCUGUGAAGAGCGUUCCUGUUCUCACGAAGCCACUUCCUGUCCGCAGCGCUCACAUAUCGGAUUAUAAGGAGGCUCCGGAGACCGGUGUGGUGUUUGACAUUGACCCUCCAUUCAGAACAGUCUUCAGCAGAGUCAACAUCAGUUAUGCUGAAGGACCAGAGCGCCGCUGGAUGCUCUAUAAAGAUUUCUACAAAGGGAAGACGGUGUUUAAACACUGGUUACCAGGGAUGUGUUACCGGAGCAUCACUUUCCAGCUCAUCUCCGAGGCAACCGUGUACCAGACUGCUCUGGUGUCGCACAGUGACAUCACACACACACCUCUGCACCAUCGCACAGUUCCCUACCCCCCCCUCAACAUCUCCCAUAAGAUCAUCCACCUGAGCCAGAGGGCAGCUUCAGGAGAAAUCCAGGAUGUGAAGGGGGUCCAGGGGUCCUUCCGCCAGGUCCGGGAGGUCCCACUGAUGGAGGAGGUGCAGCCUGAGGAGGAGACCGCCUCGGUGGAGGCGUCAGCAGCCACUCACAUCCCCUUCAACACAACACACAACCUGACAGGAAGCACCUCUGUCUACCUGAAUGGCAGCCAAUCAGAAGAGGCGGAGCCUCAGAGCUAUUGGUUGGAUGCGACGGAGCCAUCUCCGAUGGAAAGCAACGACGAAGAGUUUGUUAAUGGAGUGGUGCCAGAAUACGAGGACUCCAACGAGCCGGGGUCAUCAAUGGGUCUCCCCGCUGACCCCCCUGUCCUGCCCACCAGACUGCCCCCUGUGCUGCUAGAGCUGCGAUGGCUGCCGCCCAGACCGCCAACCAGCUACGAUGGCUUCAACGUCUACAUCUACAGAGAUGGAAAUUCCACAGAGACGGCGACGGUGGAUGAGAACACUCACGAGUUUUUCACUGAGUUAACGGAGCAGGGAACGUAUCAAGUUCACGUCACUACACUGAGCUCAUCCGGAGACUGCGAGGCCCGAGAGAGUAGUGCCAACACCGGCUUCGUCUUCUACCUGAGUCCUGAUGGCGAGCUGUUGGAGGAGCUCCAGGAGCGUCCUCAGACUGUCAGCGUCAGACUGCUGGACUCCAGCACCGCUGCCGUCUCCUGGGCUCCAUCCUCUAAAACCCACAACGGCAGCCUGGUGUCGGUGGUGUCCACCACCUGCAUGAAGCCCAGCCUGAGUCAGAGGAUGGAGAACACCUACUGCAGUGAGGAAAACUCCACAAGUGACAUCAUCAGCCACCUGAUGCCUGGCGCCCAGUACCGGGUGGUGGUCUACCACACCAAUGGACCUCUGAUCAGUCCACCCUCUGAGCCCGUCAUCAUCGAUAUCGAGCCAACAGGUGUACGCGAGCUGGCCGUGUACCCUCUGAGCCCGACGGCGGUCAUUCUGAGCUGGCAGCGUCCGUAUCACGUGGCCUUCAGGAAGUACGUAUUGCAGACCUUCUUCUUCAACCCUGUCACGCUGGCGUCUGAGUGGACCACCUACUACGAGAUCGCCGCCACCGCCUCCGUCAUCGCCUCCGUGAGAGUCACCGACCUGCUGCCCGCCUGGUACUACAACUUCCGUGUGGCCAUGGUGACGUGGGGAGAGCCGCCCCUCAGCUGCUGCGACAGCUCCACAGUCAGCUUCGUGACAGCUCCUGAGGCUCCUCACAUCUCCUCGGUGGAUUACUCUCAAGGUGUCCUGUCCGUCCGCUGGACGUACGGCGAGCUCUUCAUUGACCUGUCUCACUCCAGGAUGCUGCACUGGCAGGUGCUCGCAGUUGGGAAGAAGGGGCCCGAGAAGAGCUACUCUGUCGACGUGACCCGUAACGUGAUGCAAGCAAGCCUCCCUCUGCCUCCGGGAGACAUCUACAACCUGACGGUGACGGCGUGCACCGAACGCAGCAGGAACACGUCCACACCCAACAUCAUCAAACUGGAUCCGGCUCCCCCCCGGUCCCUGUUCGCCGUCAAUGCCACACACUCGUCCGUGACCCUGCUGUGGACCGAGGAGGGAGUGGUGGACCACUACCAGAUCCUCUGCAGACCCUACAGGGCCAGCAAAGAGCUGAAGGCCCGCGAGCCGCUCACCUCCACCUCACACAUGCUGACGGUUUCUGGUUUGACGCCGUCAUCCAGCUACAACUGUACCGUCACCAGCUUCAGCUACAGCACGCCGAGCCGGCCCGCCCACAUCACCAUCAGCACCGUCGCUAAAGAGAUGAACCCAAGCGUCGCCGCCAUCUCGGCCCUGGCCGUCCUCAGCAUCCUGCUCAUCAGCCUGCUGGUUCUCUUCCUGCUGGUCCUGAGGAAGAAACACCUGCAGAUGACCAGAGAGUGCGGUGCUGAGACGUUCGUUAACUUCGCCUCGUUUGAAAGAGACGGGAAGCUCCCCUACAACUGGCGAAGAAGCCUCUUUGCCUUCCUUACCCUACUGCCAUCCUGCCUUUGGACUGACUAUCUUUUGGCUUUUUAUAUUAAUCCGUGGAGCAAGACGGCUUUAAAGAAACGAAAGCUAACAAGCCCCGUACAGCUGGACGACUUUGACACCUACUUCAAGGAGAUGAGCAAAGACUCGGCGUACAAGUUCUCACUGCAGUUCGAGGAGCUCAAGACUGUGGGUCUGGAUCUAUCCCACGAUGCUGCAGACCUGCCCGUCAACAGGCCCAAGAACAGAUACACCAACAUCCUCCCCUAUGACUUCAGUCGGGUGAAGCUGGUCUCUAUGCACAACGAUGAAGGUGCAGAUUACAUCAACGCUAACUACAUCCCUGGCUACAAACACUCCAAGGAGUACAUUGCCACACAGGGCCCGCUGCCCGAGACCCGCAACGAUUUCUGGAAGAUGGUUCUGCAGCAGAAGUCGCCCAUCGUCGUCAUGCUGACUCAGUGCAAUGAGCGACGGAGGGUGAAGUGUGACCACUACUGGCCAUUUACAGACGAACCUGUGAUGUACGGCGAGAUCAGCGUGGAGAUGCUGUCUGAGACCGAGUCUCCAGAGUGGAUCAUCCGGAAGUUUCGGCUCGGAUAUGCUGAUGAGACUCAGGACGUCCUGCAUCUGAACUACACCUCGUGGCCUGAUCACGGUGUCCCCACCGUCAACGCCAUCGAGAGCAUCCUGCAGUUUGUUCACAUCGUCCGCCAACAGGCCAACAGGACCAAAGACCCCAUCAUCGUCCACUGCAGUGCCGGGGUCGGCAGGACCGGGACCUUCAUCGCCCUGGAUCGCCUCAUGCAGCACAUCAGAGAGCACGAGUUCGUCGACAUCCUGGGGAUGGUGUCCGAGAUGAGGUCGCACCGCCUGUCGAUGGUCCAGACGGAGGAGCAGUUUGUCUUCAUCCAUCAGUGCGUCCUGCUGAUGUGGCAGAAGAAGAAACAAUCCAUCACCUCUGACGUCGUCUACGAGAACGCCAGCAAGACAUAAAGACACGUCUCCACGCGCGGAGAACAUGCCGACCUCCAUCCUCUGCAGAAGACCCGCUUCAUCAUCAGAAUCCACCACAGCAGCAGGACAGAUCCGUCCAUCCGUCUUUCAUCUGCUCAACGUGGGACAGACUUUUGCCUUAAGGAGCGUCAUUUCCGUCCCAACCUGUUCUCCAGGACCCAGAACCGGACAGAUCCUGCCAGCGUGGGCUGGAGGAGCUGAUCGGACCCAGUCAGCUGUUUCUCAUUGUUUUUAUUUUCUAAUCUCAGGAGAAAAACCAGCAAGCACACCGGCCUUCGCCUCCUCCUCCUCGCAUCUUCAUCACUGCCACACGGACCGGAAACAGCCCAGCCAGCAUUCAGCAGACCCAAACCCAGAGCCGGAUCCGGCUUUUCGGACAUCAUUGGGCCUUCAUCAUUUGCUUCUCUGCUUCAGUUUCAGAUUUCAGGAUCUAGCUGGUUCCGCAGGUCUUGUCCGUGGGAUCCGGUCUCAGGGUGGGAAUGUUUGCUGGGUUGGUGGAGGCGGGGGGAGGCCUCACGCUGCCUCCAGGGUGGUCGGUCUCGACCUGGAGACAGAAAGCUGGACUUUGAAUUUGCACUGAGGACCCGGAGCUGCUGGACAUGAAGGGAAGACUUCCUGCUGCUUGUGUCGGGAAUCGUAACUGGGGCCUCCGCCCCUGCUUUGCAGGAUCUCCAGAAACCAGAUCCCCAGUCGGGAUACAACUGGAACACAUCCAGCUGUUCUGGACCCCACAGAAAUAUUAAAUACCACCCAGUCACCACACAGAAAAUGUUUAUUCACGUUAAAACCAAACCAUGUCGACGCUGCACUGAUUUUAUCAUCAACACCCAAAUUAUAUGACGUAAACAAUAAUACUCACUCUGGUUCUGAAGUUAAGGUGUGUUCCAGUCCCAGAUGUCUGACUGAUGGACACACACUUCAGAACGAGGUUCUGGAUCCAGAGGUGAUCCAUAACUCUCCCCUACAGAUCCAGGAUCAUGGGAGGUAUGGAAGACCUACUGGGAGUCCAGACCUCUACGCACCUGAACCGGGAUCAGCUCGGAGAAGGAGGAGGAGGAAGCAGCUGUUCACGCCUCCGAUCCACCGACAGACUCCGAACCAGAGUGAAUAUCGCAGGUUCAUAGCUGUGUUGCUCCAUCUGUCCCAGGUCUGCUUGUAAAGGACUCGUCGGGCCUCCAAUCCAGCUGUUAUUAUCAUGUAAAAAAAAGCCUAUAAUGCUGUCAUUUUAGCAAUUUUAAAUCUAAUAAAAUAAUAGCAUUUAACAAAAUAAUGUAAUUUUUUAUCAGACUCCU